AUGGCGGAUGCCACAUCGCCGUUCAACGUUUCGAUUCUCGAUAAUUCGACAGCGAAACUGAGCGAAAUGGUUGACUCUGGUUGGAACGUACUAGCGUCGACCAGUGUUCAAGCGUUCAACGGAGCAAUGGACGUCCUGGAGGAGUCUUAUCCGCUAUGCAAAAAGAUGCUUGACCACAAUAAAUUAUUCCCUGAACGAGACCCAAAUGACACCAGGAUUUGGUGUAAUGCCACUUAUGAUACAGUACUAUGUUGGCCACCGACGCCUGCGAAUUCGUCGGUGACACUACAAUGUCCGCAUAUGAAAGGAUUAGACCCUAACAAGAACAUCACCAAGGACUGCCACGUGUCAGGAGUGUGGUCCGGACGGAAUGCAGCCGAAAUGGGACCAACCCUUCCCGGAUGGACGAAUUUUACAAUGUGUUACACCGAUGAAGUCAUUUAUAUCAUGCAGAAUCUCAACAACGAAUCGUUGACGAUUGCACAAGAAGUUGCACGAAAUGCAAGGAAAUUGGAAUUCGUGGGACUUGGAUUAUCACUAGUCUCGUUGAUUUUGGCUAUUUCUAUAUUCUCUUAUUUCCGACGUCUCCGAGUCUUCCGAAAUCUCCUCCACCUACACUUAAUGAUAGCAAUGCUAAUGGUUGUGAUUAUUCGUUUGGUAUUAUACAUUGAUCUGAUUUUCACCGGAGACAUUGGUCCUCACACGAAUACAGCUGAAGGAAAAACGAUUAAUACAAUGCCGAUACUAUGCGAAGGGAUGUUUUUCUUUCUGGAGUAUUUCAAAACGGUCACUUUCGCAUGGAUGUUCCUAGAAGGAGUCUAUCUGAACAAUCAAAUUGCGUUUGGAUUUUUCAGAGAGCCAAAACUCUUAAUUUAUUGCAUUGCUGGAUACGGAUGGCCACUGCUUCAUACUGGAUUUUGGCUAGGCGUGGUGCUUUAUAAAAAAGAUUUCAAAGUGGAACGAUGCUUGGGAUCAUACUAUCUGGAACCGGAGUUUUGGAUUUUGGAUGGUCCACGAAUGUUACAGCUAGUGGUCAACUUGCUCUUCAUCUGUAAUGUGAUCCGAGUGCUGUACAGCAAAGUCAGAGAGUCGAAUAACACAUCAGAAGCGGGACUGAAAAAGUCAGUGAAGGCUGCGAUGAUGUUGUUACCGCUUCUGGGUGUUCCAAAUAUCAUGCAGACAAUUCCGUUUGCACCGACUAGGGAUAAUAUUAUGGUGUUUGCUGUAUGGACAUACACUGCUUCAUUCACUUAUAUGUACCAAGGACUCAUGGUUGCUAGUAUCUAUUGCUUCACGAACAAAGAGGUCAACCACGUACUCAAAGCAUUCUACGCUCGAUACCGACUUUUACACAAAUCUCAAAACGAGUUGAGACGAGGUUCAAGGAGUGUUGCAUCUCAUUAUGCAGCCAAGAAUGGAACAAGUAAUACUAAUGCUCAACAGGCGAACAAUGCUGAUGAGAAUGGAAAACUGUCUCCAUUCCCAUCACGGAGCAAAAAAGGAAGCGAUGACUCCACAACGAAAUUGAUGAAGGAUACUGUGAUGGAAGAGGAAAAGAAUGCCAACAACAAUGGAUACGGAUCGGCUGGCGAGAUGACACCUCUUCGAGAAGGGUAUGAAGAAUCAAAUCACGCCACAAAGUCUCCGUAA